GAUACAACGCAGCCACAACUUUCGACAAACCCACUCUCCAUUCUCUGGUCGCCAUAUUUGGAUGCAGCUACCCAUACUUGGAUAGGGUGGUACCACAGAUAGAACAAUGAGACAUAUUUCACUGGAUGGAUAACCGUGAAGCGAGGAAGCCUAGUGGCCGGCAGUGGGAGAAGAUGGAACGAGAUGGAUUUUGGCCGAUAUUCUGCUAAAUUUUCUCACCGAUUACACAUUUGAUCUCAAUAUAGUUUUCUGUUUCCAAAACUAAAAUAUGUCACGAACAAAGUGGACUACUUUUUGUAGACUUUAGUCUUUGUCAAAGUUACGGGGGAAAAAUGCAUUGUUUAGGAGUGCAAAGGCGAAUUAUUACACACGCGCACUCCACACAGUAGGCGUUCCCUAAUGGAAUAUGCAAAUGUUAGUUAGAACGCGCCAAUAGGAUCUCGCUAGCUCGGGCUUGGCUCUGCCCACUAUGACUCAUUCGUUCCCGUUUGAAACGACGGGCUGUGGUCUAUCUUGGUUCUCUUCUACAGAUCUUUGUUGGUAUUCAAUAGGGCUGUUGUGUGUUGGUGAGGAGAGAUUGCAGCUAGCCCUGGGAAAUAUUCAGUGUGGAAAGAAGAAAUAAUACAGGAACAAAACAAAUAGUUUUACUAAGAGUGCCGUGUUUAUAUGUGAGGAAUUUGGCGAAAGCAUUCACGUAUCGCAAUAAGCUGCAUAAUUUACCGCGGAUCCCAAGGAUCCAUCAGGAUGAAACGGCUCAGGUCUUCAAGCAGCAGUGACAGUUCUGACAAUGAGAGUCCUUCCACCUCCUUCUGCUCCUCUAACAAGUAUGGAAGUAAACCUGGAACCCCUGCCUCCGUGCCCAAGAAACCAGCAGAGGUGUUCAGGAAAGACCUGAUCAGUGCCAUGAAGCUGCCAGACUCUCACCAUGUCUCCCCUGAAGACUAUUACCUGCUGGGGGACACCUGGAGACAGGAGUGGGAGAAGGGGGUGCAGGUGCCGGCCUUCCCUGAAACCAUCCCACAGCCCUCCAUCAGGAACAUAGAGGAGAAGCCUAAGGAGGUGUUGUUCACCCUACAGAAGAGGUAUAUCCAGUGUUGGAGCCAGGCCUCUACAGAGACGGGUUACGUUAACAUCAAGGAGCUGGCUGAGGCCAUGUGCUCUUAUGACCUGGAUAACAUGGACCUCUACUGGCUGCAGGCACUCAACGCUGAGCUGGAACACAUGGGGGAGGGGCCUGUAGAUGAGUUGACGCUGGAGCGUACCAUGGAGGCGUUGGAGCGUCAGUGCCAUGACAACAUGAACCACGCCAUCGACACCGUAGAAGGGCUGGGCAUCGAGUACGACGAGGAUGUCAUCUGUGACGUGUGUCGCUCCCCCGACAGCGAGGAAGGCAACGACAUGGUCUUCUGUGACAAAUGUAACAUCUGUGUUCACCAGGCAUGUUAUGGUAUAGUGAAGGUACCAGAUGGUAACUGGCUGUGCAGGACGUGUGUCCUGGGCAUUGACCCCCAGUGUCAGCUGUGCCCCAUCAAGGGAGGGGCGAUGAAGGCUACGAGGGCGGGCACCAAGUGGGCACACGUCAGCUGUGCUCUGUGGAUCCCUGAGGUGAGCAUCGCGUGUCCAGAGAGGAUGGAGCCCAUCACCAAGGUGUCUCACAUCCCCCCCUCCCGCUGGUCUCUCAUCUGCAGCCUCUGUAAACUGAAGACUGGAGCCUGUAUACAGUGCUCAGUGAAGAACUGCACCAUCCCGUUCCAUGUGACGUGUGCCUUCGAGCACAGCCUGGAGAUGAAGACUGUCCUGGAUGAAGGAGACGAGGUGAAGUUCAGGUCCUACUGCCUGAAGCACAGCAAGCCCAAGAACCAGGCCUCCUCCGACCCACCAGCCCCCGGCCUCAGCCCCUGUCAGCCAGCCCACAGCAAGCAGUCCAAGGCAGGGGAGCCAGGCUCCGGUCUCAGUCCGGCCCGGCCCAAACCCCCCGUAGACCCAGAGAGGGGGGGCCUGAGGGCCCAGAGGUUGCUAGAACUAGAGGAGGAGUUUUCUACUCUGAUUCACCCUGAGGAGCUGGCCCUGAACCUGGGCCUUCCUCCCAGCCUGCUGGACUUCAUCUACCAGUACUGGAAACUGAAGAGGAAGAGCAACUUCAACCGUGCUUUGCUGCCCCCUAGUGAGGAGGAGGGUAACCUGCUGCUGUUGCCUCAUGAAGACAGCAUCCACACACGGAUGAGAAUGUUCAUGCACCUCCGACAGGACUUAGAGAGGGUGAGGAACCUGUGUUACAUGGUGAGUCGGAGGGAGAAGCUGAAACUGUCUCAGAGCAAGGCCCAGGAGCAGAUCUUCAACCUCCACGUCAAACUGCUCAGCCAGGAGAUCUCCGCUGGUCUGCCGGUGGACAGCAUGUUGUUCCGGCCUCCUCCCAGAAUCACCCUGACGCUGAAGAUGCCCAAAGUGUCGCUGGGUAACGGGAAGACCGGCUCCAAGUCAGGCAACGGCCCCCUGUGUCCAGAUAACAGCGGGAACGUUCACCAACGCAGUAAAGGAGGAGGGAAGCCUCAGCUCCAUGGGCGAGGCAAGAGAGAGGAGUGCUCCAAUGGCAGCCUGCUGUCUGCUUCAGGUCAGUCACGUAGGGAGGGGAGUAAUGCCACUGGACCAACACUGACUAACCGUUCUGCCAGGGGCUCAGCCCUGACCAUUAAACAGACUGGCAAGCCUCUAAUGGGUAAACCGUUGACGCUCCACCCUGCCCUACAUGGCCACCCUUCCAAUGGAAACGGCAAACUGGACCAAGAGUGGACAGGCCACGUCCCUAGAUCCAACGGCGUGAUGGAGAAGAUGGUGGGCGUGGCCCAGAAGGACAGCUCUUGUCAGACCCCCAGCGAACAGGAAACCAGCGAGGACUCAGGGGUCAAGGCCAGCCAAUCAGUCAGCUUCAGUGAUUCCACCAUGGAGCACUUCAGCCGGUCGUUCAAGGAGGCGACGGUCAGCUUGGUGCGGACCACGGAGGACCUGCGGGGGGACAAGGUGUCCCAGGAGGGUAAAGGCACCAGAUCAGCCCAGGACCGACCCUGGGCCAAACCAGUUCCCGGAGUCCCCCAGGGACUCGGUGGUACCAGAUCAGCCAAGGACCGACCCUGGGCCAAACCAGUUCCUGGAGUCCCCCAGGGACUCGGUGGUACCAGAUCACCACCGUACAAGGAGACGGAUGGAUACUGCCCUGACCUGGAACUCAGUGACUCAGAGCCAGAGGCUAAAGGUCAGAGGUUGAGGCAGGGUAGGGUAAAGCAGAGCCUGGGGGGGUCCAGUAGGACCUCAGUACAGAGGUGACAGCCAUGACAUGACCUUUGCCCCGGCUCUGUCUGAGCGAGCAGCUCUCUGGUCAUAGGUCAGAGCCAGAGCCCCGACAAUGGCUGGGCCAUCUAUCUAUUGUACACAGGGACAGGAGCACAGGACUGCUGCAUGACAGGUGUCCUGACCCAGAUCAUCACCUCAGUGGGACUCUAAGCCACAUGUCUUCUUUAAUGGAUUUUUGUUGUCUCUCCCUCUAUGCUCGGUGUGAACGGAAUGCCCUUGGACUGUCUCCUGAUUAAACUACUUGUCUGUUUAUUUCUGUCUUCUUUGCUCUGGCUAGAAAUGAUUAGAGCCUGAAUGAUGGGGGUUUCUUUUUUUGGGGGGGGGCACAACUUACUGAUGUUGAUUUGAGUGUUUUACAUCGGAGAAAUUAAGGUGUAAUUUUUCCACACUGGAGUCUCGUAAAUUGCCAUCCAAAAUUAGCAAUUGUCCAAUAAAAUAUGUUUCAAAUGUCGAUUUUCAUCCUAUCGGUCGUGCUCUAUAAAUGAUUUUCUGUUCUGUACUCAACCUCCCUAUCUAGGUUAACAUCGACAUAAUAGGUGAAUCUACUCAACCUCCCUCUCCUUUUCUCUCGCUCUUUUGCGAUCUCUUGAACUGCCAGCAUUAGCAUCUCUUGAACUGCUAGCAUUAGCAUCUCUUGAACUGCCAGCAUUAGCAUCUCUUGAACUGCCAGCAUUAGCAUCUCUUGAACUGCUAGCAUUAGCAUCUCUUGAACUGCCAGCAUUAGCAUCUCUUGAACUGCUAGCAUUAGCAUCUCUUGAACUGCCAGCAUUAGCAUCUCUUGAACUGCCAGCAUUAGCAUCUCUUGAACUGCCAGCAUUAGCAUCUCUUGAACUGCCAGCAUUAGCAUCUCUUGAACUGCCAGCAUUAGCAUCUCUUGAACUGCCAGCAUUAGCAUCUGCCAGCAUUAGCAUCUCUUGAACUGCUACCUAUCCUUUCACAUCAUUUCAGAUGAGGAGACUGUCAUUCAACAGCCAGUUCUUCCGUUAGUCUCCAUUUCCAGAGUUGGACAGAGGGAGUGUUGUAUCUCUUUAAGGGAAUCAUUGUGUUCAAUAGCACACAUGUUUUUGAUAUGUAUGAAUAUGAAAUUCACUGACUGUGUAUUGGUAUGAUUUUGUAUCCUUUUUACUAGGGAAUAAAUAGUAUAUUUAAUCAAAUUCGA